AUGGAGAAUGAUAUUGAAAUUUGCGUUAGUGAUAGCGAUGUGAAUACUGGUAGUGAAAUAAAUUUUGAUUUAAUCACAAGAUAUUAUCAAAUUUUAACAAAUCAAUUAGAAAAUGGCGGUGAGCCUCAACAAAGCCCUGAGAUGUUUCAAAUGAUUUGGUCACAGUUUCUAAUCACUUUAUCUGCACUUUUACAAGCUCAAUCUGCGUUGGCAGAGAAUCAACAAGUGCAAUCAAAUAUUAAAGAAACUGUCGAUCCUGAGACUCCAUUAAAUCUGAGUAAAUCACAACAAAUCUGGAGUCCCGCAAGAACUCUUGAAAAUCAGAGUUCUUGCAACUCAACACCAAAUCUUCCGAUUUUUAAUCAAACUGCGACAAAUAGUCGACAAGGCGUGGAAUCGCCUGAUGAUCCUUCAAAAACUUUUCAUAAUGAAUCUGAAAGAGAUUUAGAAUCUUCACUCAUAAAGUUAAAAUGCGCGUGUCUUUAG